UCCGACCCUGAGGGGUUGAAGAAGACAGCUGGCGUUAUAAUGUCAAGAAUCGGCUUCCAUUCUCAACUAUUCCUUUACACUUUCAUGUCUCAGUUUCUCUUUGACCAAAUGAAACCCUCAACCUCAGGGCAACUAUCGACGUGCGCGCGCGUGUGUGUGUGUGUGUAUGUGUACAGUCUUGUCACUCAGCCAGGUGGGCCUCUUCUUCGUCUUCUUCCAUCUGAUGUCACAUGGGAGGGGCCGUGGUGGCUGAAGCUAGCUCCUCUCAUUUCCCUGGCAAAUGUAGUCACCAAAACCAGCUCACACAGCUCCCCUCCCUCCUCCUCCUCUCGCCAUUACCACUACACCGCCUCCUUCGUUCAUCCCUCACACCUCACAAGUCCCACGUAUCCCAAGAGGAUAAGAUGCCAUGGAGGCCACAGGGAGAAUGGUGCUUUACGUCUACUGGCUUCUGGUCCUCCUAACAGUGCCAACGUUUUUAUCAGCGAUGUUCGACUCAUCCCUGAGAUCUCCAGAGUACUGGAGUCUACACACACCACCCAGCCGGGCGGAAGUGCUCGCAGGCGACGUUGAGAACGUAAACAAAGAAGUCAGUGCAAAGUUCAUCCACGUCCCGUCAACAGUCCGCCAUGGUAUCGAGGGGAAGUCCCUACAUUUACCCGUUGAGACGCACUUCCAGUUGGACGAGGCUGAGAUCCAGGGAACGUGGUCCCACACCACGACGAGUGGCAUCAGGACCACUCUGGUGACAUUUACCAAAGAGUCCACCAUCAUGGACAUGAUGUACCGCAACCAUAUCCUCUUCAGCGAGCCCAAUGUCUCCUUGUUGAUACGGAGAUUAAACCUGCAUGAUGAGGGGGAUUAUCAGAUAAACCUUAAUAUUGAGUUUCAUAACAAGACAGGGGAGGUUUUCACGGAGGAGAGGACUGUGCAUGUAACAGUGGAUAUUCCUGUGUCCACACCAGUCGUUGAGAAGAGCCCAUCUCACGCCGUGGUUGAGGACAAGGCCAACGUUACAUGGGUUUGUUCCGUGGCGAGAGGAACAAGGGUUGGGUUUCAGUGGUUCAGAGACAAUAUCCCUUUGGGUGUUAGCAACAGAUAUCACUUCUCCAAAGACAAGUCCACACUGCUGAUCAGUCCGGUGAAAAAGGAGGACAAGGGAAGUUACCGAUGCGUGGCCAGCAAUGCGGUCAGCCCGGAGCGACACAGCAGGGCUGGGGAACUCACCGUUUACUAUGGUCCCUACAACUUGGAGGUGAACUCUGACCAAGGCCUUCGGACAGGGGAGGUGUUCACCAUCAACCCUGGGGAACUGGUCUUCUUUGACUGCCAGGCGGACUCCAACCCUCCCAACAGCUACGUGUGGAUCUCCAAGAGCCGCAACACCACACAGGUCAUCACAGAGGGCCCGCGGUUGGAGGUUCUCUCCUAUAGACUGGCCCAAGCUGAGGACUACCUGUGCCGUGCCUUCAAUAAUAUGACUCAGAAGCAAGACGAGACCCAGUUUACUUUAGUGGUGGCUAGCUUGGGGACAGGCAAAGAGAAGCACACCCAGCAUGGUAGCAGUUUUUCUCCGCUGGCUGUUAUUACGGUGUGCUCUUUGUUCAUCAUCGGCUGCAUGCUGCUGGUCUUUUUUAGGAAAGACUGUCACCCAAAGAGAGUGCUUAUGAGAAUUUAUAAGAGGCCACUCUCAGAUCAGAAGCGACCACAUCGAUCAGGUCAUGAGGAUGCAACUGAAGACUUUGGUAUCUAUGAAUUUGUCUCCAUACCAGGGAAAAUAGAAUCUGCACAGCCAUCGUGUAGAUCUCUGGCUCGCCUGGAGUCUGUUCAGGACAUGCACACGACUAUCUACGAUGUGAUCAGACAUGUUCCUGAAACCCCCGGGCAGAGUUUGCUGAAGUGACUUUUAACUCUUCAACUUAAAAAAAAAAACACUUUUGUGUAUCUUUUUUAUGCUGUUGUCAAAGAAGCCCAAGGCGCUGCUUUUAGUGACUCACUUUUUUGCACGAGAGACGAGGGGGACCUGUGUGAGUUCACAUGCUGAUUGUGCACUGUUGUUGGCCACAGGCGAGGGCAGAUCAUUUAUGAAAUUAAUGUCAUUUAAUAUUGCGAGAAUAAACAAUCAUGUUCCUUCUUAAUUCAUAUUAAAAAAAACUAUAAUUCAAACAAACAAACAAAAAAACAAAUACAACCAAAUUAAUUAUUAUUAUUAAUUGUAAUAAUUUAAGUCAAGCUUUAAAUAUUUUUAUUUUUCCAAAAUUGAGUUUGUUUGGUGAGAAGUGUUUCAUGGUUGAGAUGAUGAAAACUGUAAAUAUUGUACAUAGAUUAUACUGAGAUUAUUUUAAAAUAUUCUAUAAAUCUAUUCCAUGCUAGUAUUGGUCUAUUUAUUCCUAUUCUAAACUCUUAACCCUAUCCUUUCCCCCUUAUUUGUCAUAAAUGUAAUAUUUGUCUGCAUGGAUGUGAUGAUGGGUGGCGAAAAAGGGACAUGAUUGAUUCUUAAAUUAAUGUACAGAUUGCAUUGUUACAUCAUUGUUUUGUACUUAAUUAAAAAUGACUGUUUGACCUAUUUCUAAAUAUGUGUCUUUACUCACUGUACAAAUGGCUCAUUAAUGAAGGUAACAAUCGAAUUCUUUGCAGGAAGGAACAUUUUUUUUGUCACUACACAUCAUGAUGAUGAAGAGCCAGCAAAGAUGUCACUUGUUCUGUCACUUACGAGUGCUUGGUGCUUCUGGACGGGCUGCAUUGGUGUACUGUGUACCUGCUGUGAUGGUGAGGCAGGCGCGAGCAGACGGACGCUUGAGCAUGCAGAGUGCCCUCCACCUGCUUCUGCUGUCACGAGAGGAUCAAAAAUGAAUGGAAUAGACGACUUGACAUAAACAAGCAGGAUACUGUAUGUUAUGUUGAGGUAUUUAAUUCCCCACCAUCAAGAAUAUCAGUACGGAGGUUCUCAGUAGAGCCUCUGAGCAUACGUGGUACAUUUGAUUGAUCUCCCUGACAAUUAAUUUAAAAUAUUCAUACCAGUUCAACAUGACAGUCCCUGCAUAAUAAUAAGCAAGUUAGCGAAUAAAGCUCUAAUUAUACAGUACCUCAUGAACCUCAUGACCGUGUGAGCGAGUCUCUGUGCUGCUGUCUCCAGGUUGGGUCAUGCCAUCUGUUCCAUCUUCGUGUAUGCUUAAAGGGAGGUUCCUCACUGUGGAUGAAUGCCGAACAAACACCUAAGGAGAACCUACUCUCCUUCAUUUGCCUGGGAAAUAGCCUGAGGCUUCAUUAACCAGGAACUGCAGCUCACAGUGUUGGCUGCUUUUAACCCAAAUAAUGCCCAAAGGGGCAAUUACGAGGAUGGCAUAGAAGGUCUGAGUGCACUGCUGUGUUACCGGUAAUAAUUUCAAUACUUCAUAAUCCUGAUCCACUUUGAAAUAUUUGGAAUAAGAUGAGGCAGUAUGGCAUGGAGCCAUUUUCAGUGCGUUAUUAUGUAUAACGCAGCGUUAUACAGCAUAACGCAGCCUUAUAUUGUCAAAUGACAGUAUAAUGUUACUACUACUGUUUAUACACAGACUGACCGAAUGUAUCACACAGUUAUUAUUCUUCUUAUGUUGAGAUUAUAUCAGAUUGUAUAAUCUUUUCCUUCUUCUUGGACAAUUGUAUGCACUUUAAAAUUUUUAUUUUAUUUCAUUUUUUUAAC